AUCAUAUCAGAAGAGAGGAUCUGUAGACCCCUCAGUAUACGAUCUGAUCUGUGACUACAACUCAGUUUUAUUACUCACAACUCAAAGAUGCUGGUUCGGGUGGUGAUGACUGUGAUGUUGGCGACACUGGCGAAGACGGAGCCCCCUGACGCUUGUGAGACCAUGGAACCCAGUCACGGCGGCAAUCCUCAGGAAGGACCCCCGCCAUUCACAUUCUACCUGCACAAGGACACGAUAGUGAGCCGGUUGUCAGCGCACUUCGCUAUCCUGGGCAGUGAGAGCCAGCACUUCACAGGGUUCAUGGUGCAGGCGCGAGACGACGCCUCAGGGUUGCCGGUCGGGCAGUUCGACACAGGGUGUCUCGACAUCAACACCAUGAACUGCUUCGGCGGUUUCGCGGUAGG